UAUUGAGCUUGAUAUUAUUUUUGAAGUUAAUAAAAUGCUUUCGAUUUUAAGAACACUUUUGUUUAGUAAAAACAAGAAUUCGGAUUUCUCUAACGUGUUGUGACUUACAUUUCAUGAUGUGUAAAACUACUGUGCAACUAAGCAUUGAAGAAUUGAAUUAACGAUUUAUUUAGUGGUGCGCAAGAUGGACGAAUUGUGUAAGGGAAUGUCACAAACAGGAAGCUCAAUUAUUGCAACUGACAAAACUCAAGAAAAUAAUGGUUCUAUGGCAGUGUAUGUCAACGAUCCAUGUCUGGAGUGCGAACGCGUGCGUGCUGCGUGCGAACGUCUCGGUUCAGUCGUGGCCGUAAGCGCUGGACAAGGACUCCCUACGCUAACGACGCCGGCCUAUUUUAUCACUUCGCCUUUUGAGGGUGACUUAUUCGAUGCAGCGCACAAAGCUAAAUAUAGGGUGCUGGGUCCCACUGCGGUGCUCCAACUGGCGCAGCGCGAUGAGCCACCUCCAGCGAACGCACGUCCUCUAUACUCUUUGGCCAUGCGAGGAGCUGUUAUAUGCUUCUCGGGUUUUCGAAAAAAGGAUGAACUUACGUACCUUAUAACGCUGAUACACUACAUGGGAGGCUCAAUACGGAAGGAUAUGUCGAGUAAAGUUACCCAUUUGAUAGCGGCUGCCGCGACAGGCGAUAAGUAUCGAUAUGCCUCGGGCUUUGGGCUCCCAGUUCUGGCGAGAUCCUGGGUUGAUGCAUGCUGGGAAAGACGGGAUGAUCCCGCCUGCCUGGCCACUGAUGAUGCUAUUAUUAAAGAGCAUAAGUUGCGAGUAUUCGCGGGUGCAAGGGUUUGUUUUGUGGGAUUCCCCGAAGAUGAGACUCAGCACAUGGCGGAGGUCCUUGCGAGUAAUGGUGGUGCGUCAUGCCAGUUGGAUGAUCCUGACUGCACUCAUGUCGUUAUGGCCAAUGGGGAGACUUUCGGUCGUUCGCUUAUCCUAUCACCCCAUUCGAAUACCCCUAACUCAAAUAUCCGCUCAACUCCCACAAGACCUCAGACCACACCAAAAACCUCCCUCUAUCGGAGACUCUCAGCACGUUUGUCCGGUUGUCGCUCUAGUCCAAAUAAACAAAGCAAUACAAUCGAAGAUGAAAGAGAAAAGCGUUUACAAAACGCAAGAGAUAGGUUUAGAAAAACAAAGAAUAAUAGUUGCGAAAGUAAAGACGUGACCAGUAUUAGUAAUAUCGAGCCCGUAGAGGCUAACGUAGGUAGUGAAAAUGAAAUUGAUAGUAUAGAUACACGAAAGUACGAAAAUAGCGAUAAAGAAAAUAAGCAUGUGCCACACAUAAACAGAGCACCCUUCAAAGACAAAAGGGAAGUGUUUAAAAAUAAAUCUAUGAAUAUAUUCAACAUUGUAGACUGUUUAACGGAAGCUGGAUCUUUGAACUCAUCCCUAACAAAGAGUCUAUGUGAUUUGGAUUACAAAGAUGAAACUGGGUUUCUGUUACCAUCGUCAGCUGAAUGUAACUCGACAACAACAAUAUCAUCAGCUAAAAAGAGGAGUCGCAACUCAACAGACUCUAACAUACAAGUGAGUCCAAUAGAUGCUGCGAAUUUAUCACCGGAUAAAACGGAAGACUCCACCUGGAAGUCAAUCAAAAGACUGAAAAUUAAAGACUCUUUCAAGUUUAAGAAUAGACCGACGAUUUUCAAACGCACUAAAAAGGAUUCAGUGACAAAAGUAGCGGGGGAUAUUUCUGUGGAACCAGUUAGCCCUGAUAGUGUAAAGCCCACGGACCCAGCAGGAGAAUUUGUAGCAUCAACAUCGUCGCCUAUUAGAGAAGAUGACAACACAUCCAUAUGUUCAAUGAAUCUCAGCAAACAGUCCAACAUCUUUGACACUUCCUUCACAUCCAUGAAAAGCUCGAAAACAGUGAAGUCCAAACUACGGAGAAGUGUGAAAUCUUUCACGGCAUCGUUUAGAAGCGAGCGAAAGAAGAAAUACGAGAAACGCGCUGAACGUAAUACAGUGGAAGUGGAUCCUUCCCACCUCGUUGAUUUGAAGAAUGUGUCUACACCAAAAAGAGAUUUGGAUGAUAUGCAUCUGGAUAUAUCACCAGUGCAAGUCGAUACAGUCGACAGUACGGAUAUGAGAACGCCCAAAGUGUUGACUUUGGAUGAGUUAGACGACUCUGCGAUAUUUAAGACGCCGCAUAGGGUUGUAAGGAGUCAGCGUCACUCGAUAUGCGGGGAUGUUAAAGCGAAAAGUGGGAACAUGUGUUACGAGAGUCUCCCUUCCUUGUCCUCUGAAGCGGUAACUUGCAACGUGACGCCAACUUCGACAACCAUCCGUGACGCUCGCGUAUCAUGCCUUGGAUUCUUGCCGGUUGUGGAUGAACAUAACACAGUGGUGGUUCCGGACUGUUCGCAAAGCAUUCACAUCGUGAAGGCCGAGUGGUUCUGGGCGUCUGUUCAGAACGAGGAGGCGCAAGAUGAAAGGGAUUAUUUGUUCAAAGAUUACCUCGACGAGAUAUCUCGCCGUUCAUCUGUAGGCAGUUCAAUUCCAGUAGAAGAGAACACGGAACGCAACGUCGCGGGGACGCCCGCGCACCUGCGUAUGCGCAAGCGCAAGUUGCGUGGCGGCGAUGCGGCGUUGCAUAAAAGGAGGUCGUCCGUUGGCGAUGCAGUUCUGCUGAGUUUAUCUGGGAAUUUGUUGGAUUGCACGCCCUCGCCGGAUGGAAAGCAAUUGCUUGAAGAAUCAGAAGUCCCAGAUAAUGUUGUCCGGAAGUUAAUGUCACCGAGGCAACAAGUGUUUAUGGAAUUAUUGCAGACCGAGUCGAACUAUGUUGGAAUACUACAAACGAUUGUCGCAAUGUUCAAGCAACCGCUGGAAGAGAUGGCAGAAGAAGAUACGAAUAAUGGCAAAAACCAGGCAUUGCUCAACAACACAGAACUCAAGAUUAUAUUUGGAAACUUACCACCGAUAUAUGAACUGCAUCAACGCAUGUUGGAAGAGCUGAAAUGGGCGCAGGCGCACUGGAGCGAGGAAGUCAGUAUCGGGCGUCUCGUACUCCGAUACACGCCGGAUAUGGUGAAAGCCUACCCUCCCUUUGUCAACUUUUUCGAAAACACCAAGGAGAUGCUGCAACAGUGCGACCGGGAGAAUCCCAGAUUUCACGCCUUCCUCAAAAUUUGCCAAACGAAACCCGAAUGCGGUCGACAAAGUUUACAGGAACUUUUAAUACGACCUGUGCAGCGGUUACCGAGUAUUAGUUUAUUGCUGGAUGAUAUACUGAAACACACGCACAAAAGCAACCCAGAUCAAGUGGCCUUGGUGUCGGCCUUGGCCGGCCUGAGAGAGGUGAUGUCUCACAUCAAUGAAGACAAACGCAAGACUGAAGGGCAGCUGCAGAUGUUUGACAUUUACAACGACAUUGAUCAGUGUCCGGCGCAUUUAGUAUCGUCUCACCGUUCUUUCGUGUCCCGAUGCGAAGUGGUGGAAUUGUCCAAAGAGCUCUCCGGGAGAGGAGAUCACCUCGUACUCUUUCUCUUCACAGACACGAUGGAAGUCUGCAAGAAGAGAUCGAAGGCCUUCAACAGUAAGAGUCCGACGAACGGUACUGGUACAAUGCGAAUUGGUUCCAGCAAGCCAUACAGGCAUAUUUCGCUGAUGCCUCUCAGCACGGUUAAGCGGGUCGUGGAUAUCAGGGAGGCGGAAGAUUGCCACAACGUGUUUGCGCUGAUGUGUCGAAGUAAUCAAGAGCUGAAGGAGAAAUUGUACUCCUUCAUGAUAACCGAUGAUGCCGUCGACAAAGGCCACUUCCUUCGGCAACUCUGCAGACAGAUGGCGAACACUGUCUGCAAAGCUGAUGCUGAUAAAUUCCUGGCGUGCCUCGAGUCGCACCAACUCGACAUCGAUACAAGUGAUCUGGCGUUGAGUACGCUCUCAAAGGUGUCUAAGUUCGCAGCAAAGACUAGGAUAAAGCUGGAGGCGCUGGCUGGUCUGGGCGGGUGGCUGCGGGCGGCGCCUUCCGCUGCGCUCCUUGACACUUGGGUAUUGCGCGCUCACUUACUCCCGCAGGUGGAGAGGGCGUUGUCGUUUAACAAAACACCGUCGAAAUUAAAGAGAGCGAUGUCGUCAAUAAUCUCGCCGUUUGGUUCGACGUCCAGUUUGACGCCUGCCUCGCAGCAGCUAGCUCAGAUGAGGCUCGCUAGCUGCAACAAUAUCAAUGAAAUGGGCAGCAGCGGUGCUGGAGAGGCCAGCGAUGUAUUAGUAGCACCAUUAUCAGUUCAACCUACCCGUAAAGCCACGGCCGGAGCCGCCGCAGCCCUACGGCGCUUCUGACGUACACGUACGCGCCCACGCGCACAUACCUAAGGUACAAUACGGCAAUCGGUGCCUAGUCGCGCGAUUUGCGACUAGUGGUUCAGCGACAGAUUGUUUGAUACGGAAUUUCACAUUGUCGUCGAGUGGUCAGGUCUUUUUGCUAUUUUUAAUACAUUUUUAUAAUUGAUUUUAAUGUAAUAUCAUAAUCACAAAUUAUUUAUUUGUACGCGCCAUUAGGCAGUGAGUAUCAAUGUGAAAACCAUCAAAUGCGAUUAUGUCAUCAACGUGUAUAAUAGUCCAAUAAGGUAAUCGCCCUAACUAAAGUACUCUUUCGUCUCUUUCUGUCUUGCGUUGGGAAAAGAGACAGGCGAAUCCUUUGUUAAAAGUGGGCAAUAUUUUUUAAAAGUCGUGGUUUUGUCGCAGCCAACUAGCUUUAUUAACCGUUCAAUUAACGGCCUAGCCUUUUAACUAAACGGCGCCGUGUAACUAACGGCCUCAAAGAUUUUCAGCCGUAGCGUUUGUUACAACAUUAAAUAAACUCAUGCUUUAGCUAUUCGUACGAUACAGUAUUAUUUGGCAGAAAUAAAAAAGAUGAAACACAAUCGACAAAUUGCUUAAGGCAAAUUCACAUUAUUAUUGUCACUAUACGCUUCAAUUGUACUUGUUUUUCAUGAAACUUUGUAAAACACCAUCAAAGUUGUGGUUUACCGACGCCAUAUUGACAGUUUGAAGAGUUUAAGUGGAACUAAAUUGAAAUGAACCGUCAACAGGUUAGGCAAGUAAAGAAACGUCAUCGAUCCAAGUCAUUUGCCUGGCUGUUUUAUCAAAUGGCUGAAUAUCUUUGAGGCCGCUAGUUAAACGGCGUCGUUUAGUUAAACGCCUUGGCUGUUAAUUGAACGGCUGAUUGAGCUAGUUGGCUGCGACAGUUACAUUACUUAUUUAAAUGGCUAGGCAAGCUUUAAAAUAAACAAAUUUGCAAGGUAGAUGUUUUUGAAUUAAAAAUAGCAAAAUUGACAUCAAUAAAUACAGCUGGUAUAUAAGUAACUUAUAUAUAUAUAUAUAGAAUUUUUAACGUACAACUUCGCACAUAAACGAGCAGCUACUUGGUAUUUUAUUGCAUCUAGCCAUUGAAUGCUUUGUCCUUAUCACUCUUGAGUCAAUUUCUUAUCAAAAACGAGACAAAACAUUCAACAUAUAUUUAUAUGAAGUACUAGUUUAAUAUUGUAAAGACUCUUAUUCACAAAAACAUAGCCGUCUCUUUCUAUCGAAUUGUGUUACUAUGUAAUGAAAAGAGGCAGGUAUAGUUAGAACAGUGUGACUGUGUGUACCUUUGAAUUUAUGAAUUGUACAAUUGUAAUAAAAUGAAAAUUGUCUUUGAUAAAUAUAUUAGUAAAACUUCUUUUAUGAGCAUAAACGAGAUUUAAUCACUUUAGAAUGCUUUACAUUUAUAUUUAUGAUUUUAAGCUGUGAAAUUUAGUUCAUUUUCAUAAUUGCUGAAAUUGUUCUUUAAAUAUCAUAGUCAGAAACGUCCCUGUUUAUGUUAAACUCUUUUGGCCUUAAGAACUUGUAUAGUUCCGUUUCUGUUACCAUGGUUACCAUUUUUACAUGGAAAUAUAGUAACAAACACGGACUAUCUUUACUUUGUUUAUAAGGCUGAUAGGAUUUAGGACGAUAUCCAAGAAACCAAAAACGGGAAAGCAUGUGUCUACAGUAACUGAUGUAGUAUGGCGAUUGCAUCCAGUGUUUUUUUUUAUCUUAUGUAAACUCAACGGGCAAAUGUAUGGGCUGUUAUUUUUUUUGUCUUAACCAGAAGUAUAUAUUUUCAAAGGAAUUGUAAGUUUUUAGACUUCAUAUACCAGUGAAGGUAGAAGGUAAUUUGUAAAUAAUAUUGAUACUAAAAAAUCAAAGCUAUUUGUAAAACGGCUUUCCUGAAUCUUUAAGAUGUACCCUCUUUUUGUCAAAACUAAAUCAGUCUAAAAACUUUGGCAUCUGUCAUAUAAUUUAAAAUGUAUAAUUAAAUAACAUUUUUUUAAAAGUGACUUAUAUUCUUUAUCCAAAUGAUUAACUUCAAUUUGUUACUGGGGUCACUUGGAGUUUCUCUUUAGAAACUUAAUUAUGGAAACAUUUUUCCAUUUAUAAAUUGCCGUUGAUAUAAAAUAUAAAUAAAAAUCUCGAAGAGAGAAAAUACAUUUAGACUGUUUUAGUUUUAUAAGGGUUAAAUUUACCUGUAUUAUGAAAUUUGGGAUUAUGUUAAUAUUAGAGUAGACGGCGAGGCCGUAUCUCGGCUAGUGCCUUCAAAUGCCUCGAAUCUAAAGUAUUUAGGACUUGAGUCCAGUGAUUUUAAAUCAAUGAAAUGGUGCAAAUAAUAAGAGAUUUCAUUAUAGCCAUUUUAAAACUAUUAAGCAAUUUCUUUUGAAUCGAGCUGUUAUUGCUGAUUUAGGUGUAUUUUACAAUGCAGCACUUUCUGGUCGUGAGUCAGUAUACAGAGAAUCCCAUAAAUCUAUGUCGAGCCGAUAGAGGCCGUUUUGAGCAGAAAUUAAAAAAAAAUGUUACGUAUUUUUUUACUUAUUGCCAAUCAAACUGAAUUGCGAUCUGUUAUUAUUAUAUUAAUAAAGCCACAGAUGUAUGGGAUUUAAGAUUGUAUAAGACAAUGUUAUAUACUCAAAUGGUUUCACAAUCACUAAUACAAAGUACAGUUUUGUUAACCAAUAUAAAAUACAUCUUAAUAUUAGCAAUAUAUGCCAUUACUUAGAUUUUAUAAUAAUAAAAAGUGAUGUAUAGUUAUUUCUAGUAGGUACUUGUAAUAUUAUAAACAAGUAACUACUAGAAGUUACAUCUCAAAUUAUUCUUUAACACAAUUUCUUUUCAGUGACACGAGUGAUAGGACAACAUACAUAUUUGAUUGUAAUCAACAGACUACAAUCAUAUAUGUGACACUUUAUAAACUUAUACAUAUAUAAGUGUUUCUAAAUACUACUUCUAGUAGUUUUAUACUUUAUUAAAAAAAAAGCUGCUUAAUAAAAAUCUCUUCAAAUCACUCGAAUAACUAAGUCGAAUCAGUUUUUGCAAUUAUGAUUUGUAAUUUGUAAAUAUUGUGAUAUUAUUUAAACUUGAAACAGUAGGUUAGUUAAGCGUUCCUAUAAUGCCUUCUUAGCGCAAACUAUACGCUUUGUAGAGGAUCAAGGCCUCUGUAACGCCAUUGUAUAUAAUGUUUUAUUUAUCCCUCGAAUAUACUUGAUAUGCGAAGGCAUUGUACAAAGAUUAAUGAUUGAGAAUAAAGGUUUAUUUUGAA